GGAUUUUUUUUUUCACUGAGAUUUUAAUAAGGAGUAAAUUUUCGCUUUUUUUCCCCCCACCGAAAGGUUUGAUAACAUGAGCUAUUUCUCUGUGUGAAUUCUCAAAAACUUACAUCUCUAUCUUUUUUUUUUUCUCUCUUUAAGUAUUCCCAAAUCUAAAUGGAAUUAGUUGAGCCUGAAGCCGUUUGUGAAAGGAACAGACAUGCUACAUGGGAACAGCUUCCAUCACGUUGUUGCAAGUCUACUCAUACUUGGGUUGUGUGGGGCAACAAAGAAGGAUACAGCAGUGAAAAACAAUUCUGGAGUAAAGCCUGCAGGUCAAUGUGGAACGUGGGUAAAGGAACCAGAAGGAGGGCUCUUCACUUCUCCCAAUUACCCAAACAAAUACCCCCCAGACACAGAGUGUGUUUACAUCCUUGAAGCUCCCCCAAGACAGUGUAUCGACCUACACUUUGAGGAGAAUUAUUCAAUCGAGUCCUCUUGGGAAUGUAAAUUUGACAACAUUGAGGUACGAGAUGGACCGUUUGGCUUCUCCCCGAUACUUGGACGGUACUGCGGUCAGCACAGCCCGCCUGACAUCAGGAGUAGCGGCAGAUAUCUAUGGAUAAAAUUUGUUACAGAUGGUGAACUGGAAGCAGUGGGAUUUUCAGCAAGUUACAACUUCACAGCAGAUCCAGACUUUGCAGACUUGGGAAUACCCCCACCUCUGCCCUCCUGUCAGUACGACAUGGUUGGUCCAGAAGGUAUCGUCGAGUCUCAUCAGAUCACCAGAGAUGGAAAGGCCGGUGCUGCCGAGGCCGUCGACUGUAAAUGGUACAUCCGUGCUCCGCCGCGUUCCAAGAUCUACCUGCGUUUUCUCGACUAUGAGAUGGCAAAUUCCAAUGAAUGCAAGCGCAACUUUGUGGCAGUGUAUGAUGGUGGCAGUUCAGUGGAAGACCUAAAGAGCAAGUUCUGUUCCACGGUGGCCAACGACAUCAUGCUGGUUUCCACGCUGGGAGUCAUCCGAAUGUGGGCAGACGAGGCCAGCCGCAAAAGUCGCUUCCGCAUCCUUUUCACAACCUACCAAGAACCUCCAUGUGAUGCAGAUGCCUUCUUCUGUCACAGUAACAUGUGCAUAAAUAACACACUCGUGUGUAAUGGCAUGCAGAACUGUGUCUACCCCUGGGAUGAGAACCAGUGUAAAGAAAAUAGGAAAGCCAACAUUCUGGACAACCUGAACAACACUAAUGGGACCAUAAUUGGCGUCACCUGUUGCAUUGUCUUCAUUCUCCUCAUCAUCUCUGUCAUUGUCCAGAUUAAGCAGCCACGUAAAAAGUAUAUCUUACGACGCGAGGACUUUGACCCCACCAUGUUCCAGGAGGUCUUUGAGCCCCCUCACUAUGAGCUGUGUACGUUACGGAGUGCCACCACACCCACAGCGGCCUCAGCAGAUUUAGUUGACCUGGCGGAAGACUUUGAGAACUACCACGCCCUUCGCCGUGCCUCCUCGCGGUGCGUCCAUGAUCACCACUGUGGCUCCUCUUCCAACCCGGGCUCUGCGCACAUAUCCCAGCUGUCACUCAGUGGACGAGAGAGCCGCGGCAACUUGAGCAGCCGUGAUGCAGCGGCUGCCACUCUGCUCACAGACCUUCCGCAGCCUCCCAUGGCAGUGCGGCCGUUGUUGCCGGCCACGGGAAACCGCAGGAGCAUCUUGGUCAUGAAGCACAGCUACUCACAAGAGGCAGCAGACAAUGGAUGCGACCUGGAUGACGACCUGGAAGAAGUUCCCACCACCAGCCACCGGCUUUCACGCCACGAAAAGGCAGUACAGCGGUUCUGCCUCAUUGGCUCUUUGAGCAAACAUGAAUCAGAGUACAACACAACUAGGGUCUAAGAGACAAUCUCAAGAUACAUCAGACAGAUGCAUCAUUCCUCUGCAUCUUGCCAAGUUUGACAGCAUUCGGAGCUAAGGUUUCUCUGUCAUGUGCAUCUUGAGUGAACUGUUGCCCUGAGCAACUUUACCAAUGUAGAGUGUUGUGAUGAGAAAAUUCCUUAAAUUACAAAAAAAAAAAGAAAAAAAAAAAAGGUUUGUGACGUAUGAAUCAAGUUUUUCUUCUUUGCUUUGGACUAAAGGUGCAUUUGCUCAACCUGAGCUCCACACACACCUGGCUUGGAUUGAACGGCCAUGGAGCGCUGAUAAGUUCAGAUGCAGGACUGAAAAAGGUUUUUUUUUUUUUGGAAAUUUAGAGUACCUUUAAUGUAAAGUGGUUUAUUGAGGGGGGGAAAAAAUACAAUCAGGUUUUUACAUCGUUUUCAUGUAACCAUCAAAAUAUGAAACUGCAUAUUUCAGCUGCUGAUUUGACAUAUUUUUCCUGUUUUGAUGCCAUGUCUUUACAGUAGAUAAUCAGGUUGUUUUUAUAUCAAGUAGAGAAGACGACAGAAGAGGACGUAUGAGUAAUGUUAAACUUCAUAAAUGGGUGCAUACAUGAUUGUACCUGCCUU